CGCACAUCAGAGCUCUCGUGCGAAACCGGCACGCUGUCUCUCUGCGCUCGUUCAUCGCUGUGUGAGAUGCUGAGUGUGUGUGUGUGUGUGUGCGCGUGUGUGUGUGUGAAGACGACGCGUCAGAUUCUCGAACCGGUCAUCUCUGACCCGAACUGCUUUGCGUCUCGUGACAAAGCAGGCAGCGAACCCGCGAAUCGAGAGCAUCCGUGUGAUUAACGCUGCAUGCUCUCGCGCACUGUUCGUAUCCUCCCACCGGCGUCGCGCAUUAUUUACGCUGCCCACCGCGCUCGCGCUCGCGACUCUUCGCACACAAGAGCAUCGGGAGCCUUUAUUCGCUUGGAGUGCCAGCUCAGGCUGUAGCCAUGCCUUUUCUGGAUGAAAGCUCUGUACUCAGAGACUGCCCUCCAACUGUGCCAGUUAUUAUCAUUGGAAACGGUCCUUCAGGUAUCUGUUUAUCAUAUCUACUGAGCGGCUAUGCUCCUUACUUAGAUCCAGCAGCUGAGCAUCCUAAUCCCAUACUUUACCAAAAACUACAAAAGGCUAAACAUCUGCCUAUUGUAGAGCAGGAUCUGGAAUACCUGUGUGAGGGUUUAGAGGGUCGUUCAGGCAACCCAGUGGCCGUACUCUUCGAUACACUACUUCACCCAAAUGCUGACUUGGGCUUCGAGAUUCCUUCAGUACUUCAGUGGAAGCUGGAGAAGCAACACCACAUCCCCCAUCUAGUACUAGGCAAGGGCACACCAGGGGGAGCCUGGCAUGCAAUGGAAGGAUCUAUUCUCACCAUUAGUCUGGGCAUUUGGAUGGAGCUGCCAGGGGUCAACUACAGGGACGUUAGCUCUGAAAAAAGGAGGAGUGUGACCAAUGACCGGGCCACUCCAGACGAGCUCUCCUCUUACUAUAAGAAUUAUGUAAAUAUCAUGGGCCUCCAGAAGAACUUUAAAGACAACACCUAUGUCACUUCCAUUCAAAAACUCCACCGUGAUCAGGACAUUAGCCUUGAAAAAGAACAUGGCAAUGAAAAUGGUCAGAAGAACAGAAUAGAAAAUCGGUUUGACCACUGCAGUCAAAAUGAAACAGAAAACAGUAACAACGGAAGGGACAACGGGUUUUGUAAUGGUUUCAAAAAUGGAACAGAAAAUGGAAAAGAUAAAACAGGAGAGGAGGAGAACAGGAAGAAGAGGGACAUGGAGGGCAUUAGAGACAACAGGAUUCCUCAGGGGUUUUCACAGGGACUAUGGGAGGUCAGGGGUUACCAGCAGCUACAGGGCGACACCCAUAUUCCUUUCAGCCUGUUUGCUGAAAACGUUGUCUUAGCAACUGGGGCAUCUGAUUCGCCAGCUCGCUUAGGUGUGGAAGGUGAAGAUUUUCCUUACGUGUUCCACAGCGUGCGUGACCUUGGCCUAGCUGUCAACCACCAUGAGAACUUGGGCCCUGCUUCUGACCCGGUCCUGGUGGUUGGAGCAGGACUUACUGCAGCUGAUGCUGUGCUGUGUGCCUACAACAACAGCAUUCCUGUGCUGCAUGCCUUCCGUAAACAAACCGAUGAUCCCAGUCUGAUCUUCAAACAACUACCGAAAACGCUAUACCCUGAAUAUCACAGGGUCUAUCACAUGAUGUGUUCUCAGACCUACCCGACAUGCCCCAUUGCCAACCGUGGUGCCAACACUGCAAUUCAUCAUGCUUCCACAGAACUGUACCCAGACUACACCAGCUUCCCAGAGCACUGCGUGCAUUCUUUUCAGCCUGACAUGCACUGCAUACUAAGGGGAUCAAGUGGUGUUCUGAGAGCCUUCAAAGUCUCGAUGGUGCUGGUUCUGAUUGGAACCUAUCCUAGUCUGGAUUUCUUGAAGGACCAUGGUCGGUACCUGGGUUUGGAUCCCAGCAGGCCCAUCUCCUGUAGGCACAACCCAGUGGAAAUAAACCCUUACACAUUUGAAUGCAGUGCUGAGCCAGGCCUUUUUGCCAUGGGUCCCCUGGUUGGGGACAAUUUUGUGCGUUUCCUGAAGGGAGGCGCUCUGGGCAUUGCAAGCUGCCUGCGCAAGAGACUGAAACAGAUGAAGAAGAAAGGGAAACUGAUUGCUGAUGAGGGUGAUAGUAGAGGAGGAGGGGGAUUUGUCUGAAGUCUGUCUAAUAGUUUGUAUAAAGAAAGUGGCAAAUUAUUUUUACAAUUAAUGGAGUGAGUACAUAUAUUUUUAACUAUACAGCUUUCUUAACAUUUUUAAAAUAGGUAAAAUGCAUAUGACUGUAGGAUAUAGGAGAAUAUAAAAAAUGAACCAUGACUGCUGUCCUACAGAAACCGUAACAAAGGUAUUUGUUAUCAUGUGUGGAAUAAUGUGCCAAAUUUAAUCAUUUUUUUAGAUUACUCAGGCUGAUGUUGCAGGAUGUCAUGAUGUUGCACAUACUCUAAACUAUUUUGUUUACUUGUUAUUACAUUCUUUAAGACACCCAUCACAGUUAAAGAGCCCAUAACUGCAAUGAAACACAAAUGCAAGCAUGAGCAGGCAGCCAGAUAUGAAGCUCAUGGGACAAAGAAAGGCCAUUAACAAGGGAGAAUACUGGGUGUUCAUGCAGCACUACAUGUUUACAGCAUUCAUGCGCUCAUAAUUUGUAACUGCUUUAUACUUAGUGUUACUGUGAUUUAAAUGACUAAUUUUUGGAAACAGAACCAAUUAAGUUUAUUCAAAAAUAUCAAAAGCACAUACAAAUGAAAAUAACUGUGGGGAAGAUCAAGAUUGUUCACACUUUCGAUAGGAGAGGGCGGGACUGGUCAAGAUUGUCUGAAGUGGAUUAAAAAUGGUCCUGUGCACACCUCUAGUUUAACCCAAGUUGACUCAAUAAUAGACUUAAAUAUUAACUAUCUGGUUCCACAUAUGUAAAAUAUGUCCCCAUGUGUAUUUAGAGUGCUUGGGUAACAAGGUCUUGAUACAGUAUGAUCCUUUAGACUGAGCAACCAAUGGAUACCUAUGGGUUUUUAGGUGCUUAUAUAAAAUUUUCCAAAGUAGAAGUUAGGCCUUAGCCUCUGGAAAAGGCUAUCAACAGUAGUUGUUCCAUAUGAUUUGCUUCCCAUAUAAAGUCUUAUUGUUGAUGCCACUAAUGGUUAUGCCUGACCAAAUCAAUUACUUGUUAAUUCUGAUCCAACCCCAUCAAUCAGAAAAACUUUCGGCCUCAUGUGUAUCUGUUUUGUUAUUUAGAAUUUUAACAAAGCUGUGAAUUAUGGAAUAAUUAAUUAUAUUUGAUCUUACUGAUUUUUUUACCCUACUUUUUAAAAACUUUUUUCCUAUACUCUAAGUCAGGCUGUGUGCCUAUGGCCAAAGGGCUGGUAAGGCUAUAGGUUUUUACUCCAUCCAAGCAGGAAUGUCAUCCCGAUCCCAACUAUUUAAUCAUGGUCUUGGUCUCUUGGAGACUCCUAUUUGAAUGGAAUGAAAGCCUGCAACCACACCUGUCCUUUGCAGAUAAGAUUGAAGAGCCCUGCUAUAAGUCACAACAUCAUUAAUCUUCCUAUGCAUGUCCUUACAACAGGUAAGGUAUUUAGAAUAAUAGCUAAAGAAUAUGUAGAUGCAUUUGAGUUGCCAAAACCAAAAUAAGGAAAUAAGUUGUGUUCCAAACUUACCUGAAUUUGUGUGAAUGCUCAAACUUGUACAAUAAAAAAAUGUUUUGAUACAUGUUUUGUAAACAUCAUUUUAUUAGGGAUAAAUAAAACUUUUCAAAUA